CUCUCUCUCUCUCUUUCCCUCUCCCCCUAGCUAUCUGUUUACUGUCAACUCUUAUUAAUACGUGCCUUCUCUUCUCUACAUUACUCUAGACUCAAAUAUCACGCCAAAAAUACAUUUCUUAAUUCAUCGGCUUCCACCAAAAAUGGCGGCCAAUGCCUCAUUCGCCACCACAUUAACCAUCUUGUUUUCCCUUCUCUUUGCUGUGACGGCAGAAGAUCCGUACAUAUUCUUUAACUGGAACGUCACAUACGGUGACAUCUACCCACUCGGCGUUCGCCAACAGGGUAUUCUGAUCGACGGCAAGUUUCCCGGACCGGACAUUCACUCCGUUACUAAUGACAAUCUCGUCAUCAACAUCUUCAAUAACCUCGACGAACCUUUCCUCCUUUCAUGGAAUGGCGUACAGCAGAGGAGGAACUCGUACGUGGACGGAGUGUACGGAACGACAUGCCCGAUCCCGCCGGGGAAGAAUUACACUUACAUGCUUCAGGUGAAAGAUCAGAUCGGAAGUUUCUACUACUUUCCUUCUCUCGCUUUCCACAAAGCCGCCGGUGGUUUUGGUGGCAUCCGUAUCCUCAGUCGUCCUAGGAUUCCCGUCCCUUUCCCUGACCCCGCCGGAGAUUACACUGUUCUCAUAGGAGACUGGUAUAAAUCCAAUCACACGGAUUUGAAGGCAAAGCUUGAUAGUGGUAGGAAGCUUCCUUUACCAGAUGGUAUCCUCAUCAAUGGCCGUGGAACUGGUGCCACUCUCAAUGUUGAACAAGGUAAGACAUACAGGCUGAGAAUAUCCAAUGUAGGGCUACAACACUCCCUCAACUUCCGCAUUCAAAACCACAAGAUGAAAGUAGUCGAAGUCGAAGGAACUCACACUCUUCAGACUACUUUCUCUUCUCUCGAUGUUCACGUUGGUCAGUCUUACUCAGUCCUUGUAACUGCUGACCAGCCUGCACAAGAUUAUUACGUGGUGGUCUCUUCUCGGUUCACCUCCACUGUCCUCACCACCACUGGCGUUCUCCGCUACAGCGGUUCUUCUGGCGGCGUCUCUGGUCCUAUCCCUGGUGGUCCAACCAUACAAAUCGACUGGUCCUUGAACCAGGCCCGAGCCAUCAGGACUAACCUUACAGCGAGUGGACCAAGGCCUAACCCACAAGGAUCAUACCACUACGGUAUGAUAAACACCACAAGAACCAUCAGACUCGCUAGCUCUGCUGGUCAGGUCAACGGGAAGCAACGAUACGCGGUCAACAGCGUAUCGUUUAAGCCAGCAGACACUCCUUUGAAACUAGCGGACUACUUCAAGAUUGAUGGUGUUUACAGAGUUGGAAGCGUGCAGAGCCAACCCACCGGUGGUGGAAUAUACCUCGACACAUCUGUUUUGCAAGCAGACUACAGAACCUUUGUGGAGAUUGUUUUCGAAAACCCGGAGAAUAUAGUUCAGACCUGGCAUCUUGAUGGAUACUCUUUUUGGGUUGUUGGAAUGGACGGUGGGAAAUGGAGUCCUGACAGUAGGAAUGAGUAUAAUCUUCGCGAUGCAUUGGCUCGCUGCACCGUUCAGGUGUACCCGAGUUCAUGGACGGCCAUAUACAUAGCAUUGGACAACGUAGGGAUGUGGAACCUAAGAUCCGAAUUUUGGGCAAGGCAGUACUUAGGACAACAGCUCUAUUUACGUGUCUACACAACCUCCACUUCUCUCAGAGAUGAAUUCCCAAUCCCCAAGAACGCUCUUCUAUGCGGUAGAGCUAGCGGUCGUAGCACCAGACCGCUUUGAGAUGUGGAGAGAUAAGAGAGAUGGUCAACCAAACCAGCUGAUUCAUUCUAUGGAAGAGUAAUGGUCAAAUUAGUAUAUCAGUUUGUAACGAUCUCAGCUCGAGGUCUCAAUUUUUAUUCUUUUUAAAAAAUAAUCUCUAGAGUGAAACUUUAUUCGAUAUAUAGUUAUAUAGUUCUGUUGUAAGCCUUAUUGACGUAGUGUUUCAGUUUGCGAUGAUAUUAUGAAUAUUCAGUUAA